GAUUAAACGUCACGUCCGCACUUGAACUUGAAUUUUAUCCCAUUGUACAGAGGCAGACCCAGCCAUAGAGAGACAGAGAGCUCCUGGAGAACCAAGACUCCGCCAUCUUCACAUUGCAAUUAAAUAGUAAUCCCCCCAGCACUGCGCUGCACUGGCUGAGAAAGUCCUAUCUCCCAGCGCUCAGCUCAAGUGAAGUGGCUUCAAACUGCUGGGCAUUGCAUUCCAGGGCAGUGUCAGGCUUAGUGCAAGAAGCUGACACUUUGGCAAAACCCUUUCCAAAAAAAAAGAGAAAAAAGAAGAAGAAAUCCCCUUGCAGGGUCUGGUCCCUCUCUGUUUUUUUUGGGGAGCAAUCAUAUAUUUUAUUUUAAUUUUUUUUUAUUUUUUCUGAAUUUUUUUUUUUUUUUUCUCGUCCCCUUGUUUAUUGGAGAAUUGCCACUGCCGGGCACUGUGGACAUUAUUACACGAGUGGGCAGCAGCCAAUUUUUUUUUUUUUUAAUUUAAAAGAAGAGAUUUGGUGACCCAAGUGGAGAAGAAGUGCCUGCCUAAUUAAGAAGAGGACAUUUGCAUUUAUUUUUAUUUUGCAAUUUUUUUUAAUUUUUUUUUUUUAUAUGCGAUUUUCUUCAUUUGAAAGAAGAAAUAAGAAGAGUGCAAAAAAAAAAAUUAAAUAAAAAGGUGGGAGAAGAAGAAGAAGUCCCGGACAGAGCAGAUCUCCGGGCGAUGCCAGUGUAAAUGCCAGGGCAAUGUCCCGUCGCAAGCAGGGGAACCCUCAGCACUUGUUACAAAGGGAGAUUAUCGCACCCGAACACCACCACCAUGUUGAAACGGUGAUCACCGAUGAGGACGACGCUCUAACCAUUCCUGAACCGGGAUCCAUCAGCCUGAGCGGCAGCGGUUCCGACCCCGAUUUGUUAACAUGUGGACAGUGUCAAAUGAACUUCCCUUUGGGAGAUAUCUUGGUUUUUAUAGAGCACAAGAAAAAACAAUGCGGAGGCCCGAGUGGCGUCUGCUAUGAGAAGAGCCUGGAUAAGAGCAGUCCUCCCCCCUCAUCUCGCUCCGAGCUCAGGAAAGUGGCCGAGCCAGUGGAGAUCGGCAUCCAGGUCACACCCGAUGAGGAAGAACGUCUUCUCACGCCUACGAAAGGAAUUUGCCCCAAGCAGGAGAACGUUGCAGGUAAAGAUGAGCCUUCAAGCUAUAUUUGCACAACAUGCAAGCAGCCUUUUAACAACGCGUGGUUCCUGCUUCAGCAUGCUCAAAAUACGCACGGAUUUAGAAUCUAUCUGGAAACAAGCCCAGCAAACAGCUCGCUUACGCCACGCAUUACUAUCCCGCCACCUCUGGGACCGGAGACUGUUGCACCAUCCCCCCUGAUGAACUUCCUCGGAGACAGCAACCCAUUUAAUCUUUUACGUAUGACAGGACCCAUUCUCCGUGAUCAUCCAGGCUUCGGUGAGGCUCGGCUUCCUAAUACGCCGCCACUCUUCAGCCCGCCCCCUCGCCAUCAUUUGGACCCGCAUCGCCUUAGUGCCGAAGAAAUGGGGUUAGUUGCCCAGCAUCCCAGUGCCUUUGACAGAGUUAUGCGCUUAAACCCUCUGGCAAUUGAGUCUCCAGCAAUGGAUUUUUCUCGAAGGCUACGAGAACUGGCAGGGAACAACUCCACUCCUCCUCCAGUCUCUCCGAACCGCGGCAAUGCUAUGCAUCGCCUGUUAAAUCCCUUUCAGCCAAGUCCGAAAUCACCUUUUAUGAGUACGCCACCAUUGCCCCCCAUGCCACCAAGUAGUACUACUCCGCCACAAACGCAGGCAAAGAGUAAGUCCUGUGAGUUCUGCGGCAAAACUUUUAAGUUUCAGAGCAACCUUAUAGUGCACCGUCGCAGUCACACGGGGGAAAAACCGUAUAAAUGUCAACUGUGUGAUCACGCAUGCUCCCAAGCAAGCAAGUUAAAACGCCACAUGAAAACACAUAUGCACAAAGCCGGUUCCAUGACUGGCAGGUCUGACGAUGGACUAUCAGCUACAAGCUCACCAGAGCCAGGCACAAGCGAGCUAACAGGAGAAGGAGGGAAAUCAAAUGAUAAUGACUUUAGAAAUGAAAGUGACCGUUCUUUGGGUCAUGAAAAUGAAGAAGAGGAGGAGGAAGAAGAAGAGGAGGAAGAGGAGCUGGAGAACGAAAGUAGACCGGAGUCCAGCUUCAGUAUGGAUUCAGAAAUGAGUCGCAAUCGUGAAAACGGUGCAAAGGCGCUCCACGAGGAGAAGUCCCUCGUUCUCGGAAAAGUCAUGGAGAAUGUAAACCUAGCUGGCAUGCAGCAAUACAAUGACAUGCUUAAUGAGAAGCAGAAAAGAAGUCAUUUCAUAAAACGGUCCUCUGAUCCAAGAGACUUAUGCAGGAGAAUUCCAGGUGACGAAGAUGGAGUAGAGAGAGAAAUUAUCCGCAACGACGAAGGGGCUGUCAACGGAAGAAGUUUUGGCUCAGGUGAAUCCUUUCCAGGCUUGCUCCCACGUAAACCAAUGCCCAUUUCCGGUUCUGGUCUAAACAACUCUUCGAAAAGGAUAAAGAUCGAAAAAGAUUUGGACUUACCACCAGCAACGAUAAUCCCUUCUGAAAACGUUUACUCUCAGUGGCUGGUCGGAUAUGCAGCGUCGAGGCACUUCAUGAAGGAUCCCUUCCUAGGAUUCACAGACUCACGACAAUCCCCUUUUGCAACGUCUUCUGAGCACUCAUCAGAAAACGGAAGCCUACGGUUCUCCACUCCACCGGGUGACAUGCUGGACGGGGGUCUCUCAGGGCGGAGUGGGACAGCGAGUGGAGGUAGCACGCCUCACAUCAGCGGACCAGGUCCUGGCCGACCUAGCUCAAAGGAAGGGAGGCGAAGCGAUACAUGCGAGUUCUGUGGCAAAGUAUUUAAGAACUGCAGUAAUCUCACUGUCCACCGCCGGAGCCACACUGGAGAGCGGCCUUAUAAAUGUGAGCUCUGCAACUAUGCAUGUGCCCAGAGCAGCAAGCUGACGCGCCACAUGAAAACACAUGGCCAGAUAGGUAAGGAGGUCUACCGCUGUGACAUUUGCCAGAUGCCCUUCAGUGUUUACAGCACCCUGGAGAAACACAUGAAAAAGUGGCAUGGAGAACAUUUGCUGACGAAUGACGUCAAAAUUGAGCAGGCAGAAAGAAGCUAAGGCCCCCUAUCUGGGUUUAAUCAGGGGUCUAGGUAUCAAUAUAAUAUGUACAGAUUUAACUAUUGCCAACUGAGAAAAGCUGACCUAACUUGCCUCCUUUUAACAUAACUCUUAGUAUAAAUAUUGUUAGGUGUCGCAAAGUGGCACGAUAACCUGUGUCUUCAAAGAGUUAAAGUCAAACCUGAGGGUUGAAUAAGGCAGUAAAAAUGUGGAGCCUUUUAACUGUGCAAUAAUUUCUGUAUUUAUUGGAGUUUUAUUUGUAAUUAUGGCAUGUGCAGGUACUUUUUUUAUUUUUAUUUUUUUUUUUCUUGCUGUUUAAAUUUAUUUUCACAUUUUUUUUUUUUACUUUUUCGUGCAUUCUUGUAAAAAAAAAAAAAAAACAACUGCUCUUGUGCUGCAGGGGAUAGCGGCCUGUUACAAAAACAGUGUAUUUUAUUCCCCUUCAGAACAAAGGGGGUCUAUUCCUCCCCACAGAGUAGCCUAAAACAAUAUUCCUUAAAGGGAAGAGUCAUAUCUUAAAUUAUAUAUAUAUUUUUUUUUGGGCUGCUACUUUUUUUCUGGAAUUUAAGCUAAACACAUGUAAUUUCUUGGAAAGAAGCCAUCAGUUAUUUUUUUAUAUCAUUUUUAUUUAUGAUUUUCUUGUUUUCCAUUCUUAUUGAUAGGGGUCAAGAGAAAAUUUAUACAGCGGUUUACAAUCUUAAAAAAAAAAUAAAAAUCUUAGCACUUAGGAAAUUAUUUUGCUUGGGAUCAUAUGCAACGUACAACUUUUGGGCAUAGAACACGGUCCAUAUUGGGGUGCAUUUUGUAGAAUCUAGAACGUUAUGCAACAGUUUGCUAAUUUUUAUCAUCACGGGUAGACCUAAUUUGAAACGGUUUAGUUACAUGGGUUCAAGGAGGAAGCCAGAGCGGGACAAAAAAAGCAGAGAUCAUCCCUAAAUCAGGCUAAUAGGAAUACAUCCUAGAACGCGAGCAGCUCCUCGUAGUUAACACUUUUGCUGCCAGAGUGUCUACUGCGGAACCUUACAAAGCAAUGCUGCUGUCUAGUCUGGCAUACAAACUGUUAAUUUCUCCGCUGCUAUCCCUAUAAGCCUUAAGAAGGGUUUUCGGGUCGUUAGAUAGCCCUACCCCACCUCCCAUUCCGAAAAAGGUUAGUUCUGAGUGCACCUGCCCCGCUUAAAAAGGGUUAUCAUUGCUGUUCAAUGCAUACGUUAUGUUAUUGUAAUUGGUUGCUUAUUUCAAGUACUGUGGAUUAUAAAUUGAAAAUGUUAUUUAUUCUAAAUAAUGAAAGUUCCAUUAAUGACACCUGCUUUUAAGAUUGUUUUUCCAUUUUUUUUUCUUUUCUUUUUUCUUUGCGUGCACCAGGAGGACAGCAGAGAUCAAAAGGUUACCAAUUUUAAUUAUGUUGACCGCACUUUAAAACUUGAGUUCUGUCUUGUCAAUGGCUUCUGAUCAAGAAAUUAUAGCGUAUUCUCUUACUCAACCCAACGGCGGUUGAACUCUAUAAAGGGAACAUCUGAGAUUAAGUGUCAGCAUUGCAAAAGCAUGGCAUCCACAAUGUUGACACUAUAAAAAAAAAAGAUAUCUAUAUAUAAUUUAUUGGACGGUUUGUCUGCUGCCAUUCAAUUUUUUGCGAGUGCCUUCAAAACCGAUCUUCCUAUCCGAGUCUUUCGAGACAAAAUGCAAAACAUUUUUGUGAAACAAAAAAAAAAGACUUUUAAAAAAAUAGUAGUACGAGAAAAAAAGUACAUUUGUUUAAAAAAAAAAAAAAAAGCGAAAGCCACAUUUUACUUAUAAAACAAACAAACAUAAAAAAUUACUGGUUGAAAACAGUGGACACAAUAAUGCCAUAAGACCCAAUUUUAAUGAAGAUGUUUACCCAGCACAACUUUGAACGUUCUUGGGCUGACUUAUUUUCAGCUUUUGUUUUUUUUCAGGACAGCGCUGCUUAGAAAACGGAUUGAAAAAUAUUUACUGCUGAAAUGAAACUGAAAUAACACAAUUUACCAGUUAUCGUUGAAUGGGGGAAAAAUACAAUUCAGGAACAACGGCUAUUUUUUUUUUCCAGACAUUAAAAUUUAGUGCACUCUGUCUUAAAAAUACGUUUACAGUAUUCAAUACGUACAAGGGUAAAAAAAAAAACAACAAAAAAAAAAAUAAUUGUGUGUAUGUGUGUUUGGACGAUCAUUUCUUUUUUUUUUUUUUUUUUUUUUUUUAUUUUUGCUCAAUAGGUUUUAAAAAAAUGCCAUAACGGCCCAUGUGUAUAUUGUUUUCUCUUUUGGUGAUGGGGUUUUAGUAUAUAUUAUAUAUAUUAAAAUUUCUUGAUUACUGUAAAAGUGGACCAGUAUUUGUAAUAAUCGAGAAUGCCUGGGCAUUUUACAAAAUCAGAAAAAAAAAAUAAUCCUUGAAAAUGUUGCAGUAAAAAUUUUUUAUGGUGGGUCUAUAAAUAUGUUCUUGUCACUGUAAUUGUAAAGUCUGAAUUUUAGUAUUUUUUUCCUGCCUUGGGUGUUGAAAAUUUUUUUUUUUUUAAUUUUAAAAUUGUAUAGAAACUUGUAUUUGGGGAUUAAACGGUGAUUGCUACACCAUGUAGAAAAAGUAAGUAGAAAAAAGUGCUUAAUAUUGUUAUUGCUUUGCAGAAAAAAAAAAUCACAUUUUUGAUCUGUGCUUAUUUUUCUCCUCCCUUACUCCCUAUGGAAUGGAUAUUAAUAUUGAUUGGUUCACAUGAUGUAGGCACUUGCUGUAUUUUUAUUGGAGCUUGUAAUUUUUUAACUGUACGCUUAUCCUUUUAAAAGGAUUAAAUGUACCUUUUUGUUAGUGAAUUUGAAAAAAAGAAAAUCCACAAAAAACAUGCUGCCAUAAUAUAUUUUUUUAAUUUGGCAGGAUAAAAUAUUGCAAAAAAAAAAAAAGAAAAAAGAAAAAAAAAGAAAAGACAUGAAUCAUUUGUAAUUUAAGUCCUACUGUACAGAAUAUUAUUAAGUUGUUUAACAACUUUUAGGUAAAUGAAACAAAACAGAAACAGUCGGUGUUUUGUUCACUAGUAAGUUAAGUUGUACAUUAUUUUAACCCAGAAUUGGCCUACAAAAAAAAAGUACUGUUUCUACAGGGAAAUAACAACUCAUUAGGUGCCUGGACCUUGUAUCAAGGCCUUAGCAGGUAUUGACUGAUAAGUACUUACAACCCAUUUACAAUAAUUUGUCAUUUUAGAUGAAAAAGAGAAAUAAGGAACAUUCCAUUUAGACCCAUUAGUCUUUCUAGUCCUACGGCUAGAAAAGUUGGUGGCAUUCUGGUGGGGUCGAAUAUGUUUUAUUGAGAAAGCUUCUGCUCAAUAAGCUAUACAAAACCGAUGCAGAUACAUUUGGUAUCAAUACCCCUUAGUGGUCCAGGCACAGCCAUGCAAACCCCUGUAAGAACAGGAUCUUAUCUGUUAACGGGUCUUGCCGAUCCAUGAAAUGUGUGCUUUUUAGCUCUUCACUUCUUUUGGUACAUUCCAUAAAUUCCUGAAUGUUUGAUGGACUGAGAUGAAGUUGUGGACCUCUACAACGGGCGAGCCACUCCCAAGAAGGCAAAAUUGAUUUCCAAAUCGAGUGCAUCUAAAGCCAACCCGGUAGAUCAGCCCAUAGACGCAUUGGGGCUGCCAAAUUCUUCAUGUAGUGCAAAGUCAUGUUUACACAAACUGUGUGAUGUGAAAAAUACUUCACCAGCAAUAUGAGUAGCCUCUACAUUGCCAGCAUGGACUGCAAUGAGUUGUCUAGAACACUGUAUGAGUUACCUAGAACACAACUGCAUAAUCACGGACAAACAAUUUAAAGAGAAAAGCACAAAAGUGGCUGUACAUUGGAAAAUCGAUCUAUUUUCUCUUGCAUAAGGCCCUUAAACUUAAAAAAACAAACAAAACACAAGCACAAUCAGCUUUGACAUCAUAUGCCUAUACUUUGGAAAACUUGUGCUACGCUACAUAUUGUGUGCCCCCACCAACAACAAGAAUCAAGAAGCCAGCUAUCCCCUUGGUGGUUACCAGCAGGUUCAUCUCAGUCCACGGUAAAAAGACAGUCCAAGAUUUUGUGUACAUCAUUAUUGGUGCUUUUUGUAUUUCAGAACCGCAAAGCAUAAUUAAUGUCACUUAAGUUGUUUGCAUUUGUACGGCAAGGCGAAAUAUUUUUAUUACCUUUUUCUAUUAUUGUAUGAGCUUUUUUUUUUUGUUUACUUGGAGGUUUUAUCGUCUUUUACUACAAGUUUGGAACUAUUUAUUAAUUGCUUGGUAUUUGCGCUCUGUUUAAAAAACAAGAGCACUUUUUUUUAUUAUGGAUUAAAAUGUUGGGACGGCUAGAGGUCAUUUCAACAUGACUUAGUGAAAUAUUUAUUAUUGCUUUUUUUUUCCUCUGUAAAGGAUUACGACGUUUUUUUUUUUUUUCUUUCCCUUACUUGUCACAUUGUUGAGUUCAGCAUGUGUCGGCCAUUCCAUUUGUACGCUCGUUCAAAACAAGGCUUGUUCCAGUUUUCAAGUUAUAAAACAGACAAACUUUUAAAAAAAAAAUAAAAAUAAAUUGGACUUUUAACUUGACGAUCUGGAGAUUGUUCAUGAUUUAUUUGUUAAUAACAGUGAUUUUUGAAUAAAAAAAACCUUCCUGGUUA